GAAGAUGCCAUAGCCUUCCUUGAGAGUGCGGAGGAGCUUCACGGCCCAGAGCACAAGUGCGCUCGCAGCAUCAGCAGCGGGGAAUUUUUUCGGACCUCUCGCUCGCUGUCUCUCUCUCACCCCUACUUGCGAUGGCAGGCUUCGCUCCCGCGGCAUUAGCCGGCUCUACGUUCGCCUCAUGCUUCAAUGCCGCUGGGUUCCGGUCCGUUUCUAACCCCUCUGAAGGUUCUGGGGUUAGAAUUUCCAGCCGAUCUCCCGUUGCUGUCUUCCAGCCGCUGCAGCAGCAGCCAGGGCGAGCUCCCAAUCAGAUCAGUGCCCGGUUGCCUUCUCUGCGAUCGUCGUUCCUUGCGAAGCCCGUGGUUGCGCGAGGGUCGGAGUUCAACCCGUUGUUGCAGAGCCUGGGUUUGAAGAACGUGCAGGCCGUGAAUGUGAGGAAGAAUGUGGGGUCGACGGUGUGCAUGGCGAGUGCAUCGGAUGCUGCUGGCGAUGAAGCUCCUGAGGUUGCGAUGGAGAGAACGGAAGAGGCUCAAGGCUUUCUCGCCAAGAAUCCCGCUUUGGUCACUGGAUUUUUCUUCUUCGCCUGGUACUUCUUGAACGUCAUCUUCAACAUCAUGAACAAGAAGAUCUACAACUAUUUUCCCUACCCCUACUUUGUCUCUGCUAUCCACUUGGCCGUCGGCGUUGCUUACUGUGUGAUUUCGUGGAUGUUGGGAUAUCCGAAGCGGGCGCCUAUUGACAAGGAGCUAUUUAUGAUGUUGAUUCCGGUGUCUAUCUGUCAUGCCCUGGGUCACGUGAUGACGAACGUGUCAUUCGCUGCAGUUGCAGUGUCAUUCACACACACGAUCAAGGCUUUGGAGCCGUUCUUCAGCGCCGCGGCAUCGCAGUUCGUUCUGGGACAGUCGAUCUCUCUGCCCCUGUGGUUGUCCCUGACACCUAUCGUGCUCGGUGUGUCGAUGGCGUCGAUGACGGAGCUGUCGUUCAACUGGAAGGGUUUCAUCAGCGCGAUGACGGCGAAUGUGGCGUUCACGUACAGGAACAUCUACUCGAAGAAGGCCAUGACGGGAAUGGACAGCACGAACCUGUACGCGUACAUCUCGAUCAUCUCGUUGGCGUUGUGCAUUCCACCUGCGAUCAUUAUCGAGGGCCCCGCACUUAUGAACGGCGGUUUUGCUUCUGGCAUUGCGAAGGUUGGCAUGCCUAAGUUUCUCUCAGACUUGUUCUGGGUUGGUAUGUUCUAUCAUCUGUACAACCAGCUUGCUAACAACACAUUGGAAAGGGUUGCUCCCCUGACUCAUGCCGUGGGGAACGUGUUGAAGCGAGUGUUUGUGAUCGGGUUCUCCAUCGUGGUGUUCGGCAACAAGAUCUCGACCCAGACUGGGAUCGGAACAGCCAUUGCUAUUGGAGGAGUGGCGUUGUACUCUUUUAUCAAGGCAAGACAGGAGGAAGCGAAGAUUGCCAAGAAGGCGGCCUAAAUUCGUUGAGUUUUAGUGAUAUUAUAGACACGUGACUGUUUCAAAGAUCUCAUCGUCAUGGUUGCAUUGGGAGGUUACUUAAUGGGGUGCAAUAGGGUAGCCGUGGGUUUCACCCCUGUUAUGAGUCGUAGAUUACAUGGGCAGCCCUUGCACUGAAUCACCCAAAUUUUAGCUUGGUGUGGGUUCUAGAUCCACAAGUCCCUUGCUUGUGAUAUGGUGUCCUUGAGAUCUUAGGUAUGAAGCUGUUUUAAAAUGUCCUCGUUUGAAUGAGCUAGGUUCGUAUCUGUUUCGAUUUUAUCAUUUCACAAUACAGCAUGAGGACAUGUAGGUUAACGUUUAAGAAUUUCGUUUCAAAACAGUGUAAAUGGGUCUUGCUGUUAGGUUUACUUUUGUCUCAGUAAGCCUUUCUACAGUCAGCUGAAAUGAAACUUAAAUAUGCUUGAGCUGAUAUCUCCGCAUUUCUUAA